AUGCCCGCGUUGAACAGACUGAAGAGCUCGAUACCCCAGAACAGGCGUCGUUGCAAAUGUAUCCGUCGCGGAAGCUCAGAUGAGGACUGUGUCGCCUGCCAACGAUCUGGCAUCCCGUGCGUAUCCAGCUACCAGCGAAAGACACGAUUGUACGGAAGUGUCGAGACCAUCCGCGAUCGGAUUCACUGUCUUGAAGCACUUGUGAAAGGGGCCUUUCCGGGCGAACCCAUUAAUAGUAUCCCUGCUCUGUUGGAGCUGGGCCGGAAAGCCGGCUAUGAAAUGCCCAAGCUGGACCUCCCACAACUGACCGGGGAUGAGCAGCGCGUUGAACUACCGAGGCCAGAAAAUGCUAAUCAUACGCUGGCGUACGAUGGCAAUGGUAGCGAUCAACGUGGAUGUAUUGGAACCAGCCAGCGCCCACCACAGCUGGUCAAAGACAGCCGAGGCCAAAGUCAUUACAUUGGGCCGUCAGCAUCCCUUGCAUUCUUUGCCGAUCUCCGCAGCCUAGUAUCGGAGCAACAACCGUCCUCUUGCUUUGCUGCAGAUACUUUGACGGAGUCUCUCGAGGCUCGGCAAAGUUCUAGUACGAUGUCAACGUCAACUGUUAAUACAAAUCUAGCGCCAAUUACACGCGACCAAGAAUCAUCCCUUGUCAAAGAACAGCUGCAAAAAAUGCCCCGAGAUCGUCUGCUGGCAAUAAUAAAUGCCUUCUUUUGCACUGUAAAUGCAGAUUUCCCACUUCUGGACAGGGGAUGCUUCUCUAACAAGCUCGAGUCCUACAUCUAUCCCAUCGGCUACAUAGAGGGAUUGGAUGAUGGUUGGGUGGCCUGUAUCCAUGCUGCUCUCGCCUUCGGCUGCUGGAUCCUGGAGGAUGACGCUACAUUUGAAGCCGAUGAACCAGCCAUGCUAAGAUUUCGCUGCUGGAACCUCACCCGGGGAGCUUUGGCCAGCUUGUUGACCACAUGUACAGUCUCUAAUGUCCAAGCUCUUUUGCUUAUGGCACUCUUCCUGCACAACAACAAUGAUCGAAAUGCAGCGUGGACCCUAACAGGUAGUGCUGCGAGAAUUGCUAUUGCGUUGGGCUUGCAUCGGAGCGAUAUUGACGAGAGCCUUCGUCUAACAGAACAAGACUCCCGAAGGCGAGUCUGGUCUACAUUAUUCACGUUUGAGCAAUUUCUCUGCUUAUGUUUGGGACGCCCAAGUGUAAUCGAUGGUCGGGAAGUGACCCUGGGACCUUCACCCGAAGAAUCUGCUACUGCAUUACCCAGUCAUCCCAGUCAUCACCAGGUGGCCACUGACCUUCAACGACAAGUCAAUCGACUCCGCGAUGCGAUCGCUUUCUUGCAUCGGCCUACUUCCCCUGUAUCAUCAAUUGAUACGCCGGUUACUGAUCCAAUAUCGCUCCUAACGAGGCUGAAAACGUGGGAAACCGAAUUACCAACUUAUCUUAUUAUACCAUCUGCUAUCUUGGAUGCGUGCACUAUUCCCCGAGUGGCGGUUCUGGAAGCGUUCAAUGCUGGAUAUCCACCGGCCCAACUACGGCCAACAGUUCUCCUCCAUUUAACCUAUAAUAAUCUCGUUAUCCAGCUUACACGGCCAUAUUUACUUACAGUUAUUUCAAUGAGUCGAAGGCAUAACCCAAAACAACAGUACCCUUGGGCUACACCUGAUAAUACUUCGAAAAACGUGCAAAAGGGCGCUGAGUAUCUGGCCUCCAGCUGCGUAACAGCAGCGAUGCGAAGUUUUAACCUUCUCAUCCUACUCGAUCAUGCCAAUAGGGUCAAUGGGAAAACUAGCCUAGACCUUUUUUACGGAUACUCGGCUGGGAUGGUUCUGCUCCUCCGUCAGCUGUGGGUCAUGCCCCCGGAUCUUCCCAAGUCUAUGUGGCAGCUAGAAGACGCAGCUCAGCGUGAUGUUCAAUGCCAGGUGGCAAGGUUGCAGUCCCUAUUGCAAGAAAACGCGAGGUGUCCGACCAUGCAGAGGUUUAAGUCAGUGCUUCAAAAGUUCGACGAAGCUGUUCUUGCGAACGGGCAACUUCGGAGGCGAGGUGAGAAUGAUAAAGUUGCAUCUUUGAACUUGGCACAGGAAGGCAUCGAACCUUUGGAGAUCUCGCAGUUACAUAAUCCUAACAGUAGCGACCAAUAUGGCACUAUGUUAGGUAGCCCAAGCCUGUGGCAAGAUUCCCUGCAAACGAUCACGCAGUACAGUCUCGACUGGAGCAACUUUGAGCAAUUUCUCGGUAGCAUGAAUGUGGCGUAG